CUCGCGAAAGUCUUAUUUACGCAACAAGAAGUGUUUGAAAUAAAGAAGUCCGUAACUAGAUUUCUUAGUCAAUGAUCAAUAAAUUCAAUUUAGGUAUAGGAUUAGUUAUUUUAUUUGCACAUACAUGGGUAUUAGACAUGACCAACAGGCUUUGGUAAUGUAGAAAUGACAACAGAAAUUUCACUUUUCCCUCUAUGACAUUUGUAUGAUAUUAGAUGUGCAUAUUACUUCUUUACUUUUUAAUGUGAUUGACCGUUGGACAUGAACUUUUUUAACUUGAUAUGUGAACGGACUUGUCUGCCUAUCUAUACUUCUGCGGAGAGGCAACAUGACUCCGGAUAUUCACAAAGUGAUUUCAUUGCCGACUGGAAGUUUAUUGGAAACGUGUAUCAUAAAUAAUUUUAAAUAAGUGAAAAAAAUCAUUUUUGUAUAUCAGUAUAAUGAAUGAACCUAUUAUGUUGGAGAAAUUUCCCACGCUAAGUCCAAGCAAAGAUUUUAAAUCUUGGAAAGGAUUUAUUUUAUUAAAUAUGUAUGAUAGUGUUUACAUAGAGAUAUCUUGCCCUAAUAUACCACAACUGGACAAUUUAGAAGUACAUAUUCCUGAAUUUAAAGAAUUAAAAUUUGAUCAAUUUAAUUUAAAGAAAACAGUAGAAACAAUUAAAAAAGAAACAAAUUCAUUGCCAGAGUUUUUAAAGGAAUUUAUCUUAGUUUUGAGCAAAAUAUUGAAACAAGAUCUAUUUUCAAAUGUACAGAAUCUAUGUAAUAUGCAGACAGGGGAAAAAUUAUAUUCUAUAAUUCAAGAAGUCAAUAUAUUUAGUAAAUAUGUUCAAACGAUUGAUGAAGAAUUAAAUCAUAUAAUAUUCAAUGUUCUGGAUACAUGUAGGCAUAACCAUUUGUUAAAAAUUUAUAUACCUAAAGAUUAUCCUAUAUACAAAAAACAAUUUUUAAAUUUUGAAAGUAUGAUUCCAUCUGCUACUAUGAACUACCUUACAAAGGUUAACACAAUUUCAAAACUAUUUGAAGAGUUUAAAACUUUAAUUGAUAAAUUAAGUAACUUUUGGGAGGUACAGAAAGAAGUUAUUAACACAUGCAAUGUAAUAGGUUCCUAUACUUUUAAAGAUGUUAACUAUAAAAUACCUAUUGAUAAUCAAGUAUGUAUUGAAAUUGAAAUUGAUCCAUUUAACCCUAAAACCUGUCCAAAAUUUAAUCUUUGUGGUCAGCCAGAAUCCAUAAAAAAGUUCCAACAAAGAUUAAAUGAUAUUGAUCCAAUUUUGAUGUGGAAUACUGAAAACAAUUUUAAAGAAAAUAUUCUUAAUAUAUUUAAAAUAUCUGAUUUACAUUCCCAGUACAAAGAAGACAACACUCAUGAAGUUGAAGUUUCAGACAGUAACUAUUGUUUUAUAUGUUAUGAUCAAUUAGAUAUAGUUCCAAAAGAACAAACUAAAACAUGUACUUAUGAAAAAUGUGAUGCAUUAUACCAUAUGACAUGCAUUUGUGAGUGGUUGCUGAAUUCUGGUAGUACACCAAUGUUUGAACAUUUACAAGGGAAAUGUCCUCAAUGUGAAGAAGAUAUGCUGGUGGCGUUAGAAAAUUUUGAUUUGAUUAAAACUUGAAAUCGUAUAUUUUGGUCAAAAUUGAGGGGUGAAGAAAAUGGGUCCAAAAAAAAUUAUAUAAGAAUUUGUGAAUUUGUUAAUUUUUAAGCUAAUUUUUAUUAUAAUGUACAUUUCACAAAAUGAUAAAUGGUAUCGACUGAAAAUUGAAACCAUCAAUCAUCCUAAUGUUCUGUUUUCUCUAUCAUAGUAAAGGAAAUAAGCCUAUAAUACUAGUGCUUGAGCUAUUGGAGAUAUAAAGAAUAAGCUACAAUUUUUAAAAAUAAAUAAAUACAAUAUGCAUUUUUUAAUUAGAAUACUGAUAUUAAAACAUAUGUAGAAUAAUGGCUAAAAUAAAUUAAGAUU